AUGGCUGAUACUCCAUCUAAUCAGUUGGAAUUGUCAGCAACAGAGGUUUCAAAGUUUCUAGACAAGAAUUAUUUCUGGCAGUGGGAACGAGAGGAUGGAAACUGGAUUCCUUAUACUGCAGAGACUAGCAUUGUCUUGGAAAGAGCUUACCGUAAAAAAAAAGAAGUCCUGUUUACAACAUUUGGAAGAUCAAAUUAUACUAUGGACCUUCAUAAUAUGGUGCAGAUAAAUAACAAGACCAAAUACCGCAGGGGUAUAAUGAGGAAAGAGUCAAGUCGUGGGCCAUCACGAAGAUCUGAACAAGUUAAAGAAGGAGAAGAAGAGGAAGAAAACACUGUGCAAACAAUGGACAAAGACAGUGGCCGAGACAAAGAGGGGAUGUUGCUGCGCUGGGAGUGGGAAGAUGAACAUAGUUCUUGGAAUAUUUACUCCCCAGAGAUAAGCAGGGACAUUACUCUGGCAUUCAGGGAGGGUCUUUCGUCUGUGACUGUGUACCUGAACACCACUACUAGUUACCACCUGGACCUUUGGCGGAUGGUGCAGCAGGAUGUUCACACAGGAUCUGAGAAACGAGUCCGGGUUGCUUUGGAAGAUCGUGGAAGCUAUUACAUCUGGCAGUGGGAAGGCGAUGAUGGAAGCUGGAUUCCUUGUAGUGCUCAAACUAGUGUCACUCUUGAAGCAGCACACCGCAGUGACAUGAAAACUAUUGUCAUGGCAUUUGGCAGUACACAGUAUACUCUUGACCUAGCCCGAAUGGUUCAGAUCAACAACAAAACAAAAUUCCGAAGGAAACUCAGGAGAAAAGAAUUGGGUCAAGAUGACUGCUUUAUGGUGUCCAAGCAAGCGGAUAACAGCUUCCCUGAGAUUUUGCAAGUCUUUGGAGCAUUUGGGAUGCCAAAUAAUCUACCUAAAUUAGAUGAAGGGACCAACAUGAACAUGUAUUCUUCAAAGGAAAUGGCAUUUGUUAAAUUGGAUUAUGAAGAUCCUGAAUCCAGAACAAUGUCUGUAGCAAAGCUGUCGAGUGUUCAUCAUCGAACAAGGAUGAAUUGGACUGUUGACGAAACCCUUCGUUUACUCAACUUUAUUUCCUCCAGGAAGCAGUGGGAUGUCUACACACCCUCCAAUAAGGGCAACGGAGCUUUCUUUAAAUUGGCCUCUGAACAUCUGAAAGCAGGAGGAUAUAAAAAGUCAGGCAUUCAGUGCCGAGCAAAGUGGAAGGUACUGAAGAGACAAUAUUUGACAGCAGUACAGCUUUAUCAGACUGGAAAGGUAUCAUCUGUAAAAAUGCCCCCUUUUUACAGUGAACUUAAGAAGAUGUUUGAUUCUGCUCAGCAUACAGGCACCUCAGAAAUGGAAUACAGUAGUGAUGAAGACUGUGAACAGAUGGGAUCACCUUCUCCGCAUUCAUCCGAGCCUGGGCCUGCAAUGCUUUCUUCGAAUCAUAAUGAUACUGAGGAACACAGACAGACUGUAGAGAGUACCAUUGAGAAUACAGUUGCUGCGGAAGAGGCUGGACAUGCAGACUCAGAUGCAGAUUGUGAUGGGAUGAUCGAAUCUCAUGAAGGAAUGUCAAGUAAUGAUGGAACUGUUGUCCUGCAAAGGAUGGACAUGCUGAUAGAUGGAAUGAACACAUUAAAUCAGAGUGUCACCACACUGAACCAAUGUAUGAACAGCCUGGUGCGUGGUGUGCAGAACAUCAGCCGCACAUCACUUGCUCAUCAGUCAAUCCUGCAACAGUUGCUUGACAUAUUCAAAAAUGGACAUCAGCCUGUCACACCACGAGGCACCCCAAAGCUUGGGCAGUGAUACCAGUCUAAGGAUAUUAUUAGUCAAAGAAUGUUCUGAGUAUCAAAAUUUUAAAGGCUGAUAAAUAGAUUUGAUUUUAAGAAAUUAUGUAAAUAUUGUAAAUAGUUGUUUAUAAAUGGUUUCCAGUAUUGUGUAAAGACAGUGGAUACCACAUUUGAUACUUUUUUUUUCAUUAAACCCAUUGUUUUAUUAUAA